CAGAAAUUAACGGCGCUUAGCCGGUGUUGUGCCCAUAUCUAAUCAAUAACUGAAGUCAGACACAAAAUGGACAACGGAACUUCUCUAGAUGAAAGUGCUACCAAUGAGACAUUGGAGACUCAAGAUGGACUUUUUCGAACUAAAAGUGAAGUAUUCGUUUUUAUGGCGCUUUACAUCCUGCUCUCAUUACUGGCGAUUACUGGAAACUCUUUAGUUGUUGUUGCCUUCAGAAAAGUUCGCCUCCGGGCAGCCAUCAACUUGUUUUUUGUUAGUUUGGCCGUCUCGGAUUUGAUGGUGGGUGCAGUUUCCAUUCCACUGUGGAUCUACCACCUUUCCUGUCCUUAUUUCAGCUCGUGCAUCGAACCAAACGUUUCAGUCAGCGUGUUUUACAGAGCGUUCGAUGUAUUCAGCGCGAUGGCCUCGAUAUGGAACCUUGUGGCGAUAAGCGUGGAACGCUAUUUGGCGAUCUGCUGGCCCGUUCAUCACCGGUUGAGUUCCUUCACGAGAUACUACUUGAUGAUCUUUGCGACUUGGAGUUUCUCCGUGAUGAUUACAGCUGUUUACUCGGUAGACUUCAACCCCACGUGGAAGAGUUAUCGUGGUUCGCUGAUGUUCGUGGCAGGUUUCGCUGUUCCUCUUCUCGUCAUCACCGUCAUGUACAGUAGCAUUCAUCGAAGUGUUGUGAGCAUGAACGCGCACUGGAAAAGAGCGAACGCCAAGGCAUCCGUGCUACGCAAGAGCGUGCAACGGGAAAAGAGAACGGCAACGACUGUCUUCAUUGUGACAGCGUUGUUCAUAGCUGCUUGGCUUCCUUUUUUCGUCGUGUCCAUGAUAUGGACGUUUCAUCGAUCGAGUCUUCUUGUCGGAAGAGGUUUCAUGCGACUCAUGGACUUCAUAAAAUGGAUGCAUUACAGUAACAGCGUUGUGAACCCAAUCGUAUACGCCUAUCGCAGCGAAGAGAUAAGGAGAAUGCUGUUUAAAUUGCCAGUGCCGGUAACGGGGAGAAGAGAUGGAUUCCCUGGGAGAAUGCAACCGACGGGGAAUAGGCCUAGGAUCACCUAAAUUUUGAAGAGCUCUGUCUAUCUGUUUAAUAUAAGCUGGCGAACGAGAAGCCCAUUGAGGGACAGAAUUGUGUUAAGUUUGUUAAAAUUAUAUGUUCGAUUAGAUGCACAAAGCAUUAAUUUGAAAAAAAUGUAUUUUGUUUGACUGUUCAGUUGGAUAUUGGGUGUAAACACUUAAUGGUGGUAUCGACGAAGAAGGCAGUAAAUUUGAAUAUAUAUUCUUGUAUUACUGUCAGCUUUUUGGAGUUUGACUGACAGAUCUGACUCCCGAACAGGGAAGCCCUCAACUUUGAAGGACAAGGGUAUCUACAUGUAUUCUUUAAAAAUAGCUGGCUUUCAAAUACAAGGACAAACUGAACAUCGCUUUUCAAACAAAGAAAGCUGCACUACGUAGUGGGUCGGGAUGAAAAAGAAAAAAACAUAAUUGACGACGGAAAUGUUAGUUGAAAUCUGCCCCCGCGCAAUACCCAAACUUCGGAAGCGCUAAUUUAAUUUUUUUAGAACGAUACGAAAGAUCUUUCUUGAAGGUGCUAACGUGAUGGCCAGUAUCGGUGAUUCUAUGAAGGCUGGAAGUCCUAUUAAUUACAAAGAUAUUGGUAUCCUCAUUGGUGAAUACAAUUAAAAAAAGAGAGAGAGAGAGAAAAAAAGAACUGUAUUAAGGAUAAUUCAUACUGUACAUGUAAAUUGCCUAGCCUUUCUUAAAACCGCGCUUAGCUAACUAAAAGGUUAAAAGCUGGUUGAGGUUUUGCAUUUAGGACACGUUCGAAGUAUAUCUUACUUUCACUAAGAACUUACACAAUAUGAUAAGUACAACAUAUGAUAUUUUUCAAACGUUUCCAAAAAUAACACGGCAAAACAAAAAUGUUAAAGAUUGUGCAAUCACUAUGCUUUUCAAGGAAAAAAUAAAUAUUCAGUUCGAAUUCAAUGCGCUUCUACUUUCUUUGAUCCUUGUCACAUUGUAUUGGGUAUCAAUUGUUAGCCUGUUCCAGGCUAUCGGUAGUUGGGGAAAAGCGAAAAAAAGAGGGCGAGCGAGAGAAAAAACGAGGAAUCCCUCGUCUUAGUCCUCCCUCGUUUUUUCUCUCGCUCGCCCUCCGUUUGUCCCCAACUACAGAGAGUCUAGAACAGGCUAAUCAAUUGUUAACGACGAAAAAUAGAGAAGCAUAGACGAUUCAAAGAACUCCUUUUAUGCUUCCCGGAUAAAUUUAACUGAUGUGGCUUAGUUAUUCCAAUCGCUUCUUCGGAAUUAAAAUUUUACCGACGAAGAUUUUAUUCCUCUCAGCAUAUUUCGA